UUUUUUGAAACACUCGUGAUUUUUCCAAGGUAGUAUCUGUUUUAUACUUUCUCAAUCCUUUUCUGUCUCGGGAUUCGAUUAUGUGAUCACCCAUUUAGAAUGGUAACAAAGAGAUGUCAUCAUACUGCAUAAUAGUUGUCAUCACCCGGGGUUCUAUUAGCCUUCUUGAUUUGAGCCAAUAAGCUACCUUGUGGUCGGGGAGCUGUCUUGGUUUAAGUUAGUCAGUUAUAGGUAACAUAGAUUAGUUUAUCUCUGUAUGAUCUUUUACCAGCUAAGGUCACAAGGCGGGUUUCGCUCAUAGCGCACCUCCGAGCCAUAUGAUCUUUUACCAGCUAGGGUCACAUGGCGGGCUUCUCCCAUAGUGCACAUUCGAGUAACAUUUGUGAAUUUUCCCAUAAAUCAAAGUAUAAAACAAUGAAAGUCACUUUGUUGAUCGAAAUAUUUAAUUAAAAAAAAAAAAGAAAAAAAAAAAAAGGUGUCAAGCCUCAAUGGUCUAUUGUCUACAAAAUUACAUGCCAGAUUCAAUAUUUGCUCCUACAUCUGUGCUUUGUCUAAAGAUGCAACAAAUCCUCCUCCAUUUUUGGCUAAUGUCAUGCACCUUCCUCUGGACAGUUAACUUUUUUCCUUUCAUUUUUUUUUUCCUUCUUUCCCACUCAAAGAAAAUCUUUAAUUCUUGUUGUUUUUUAGGUCAUUAGAAAUCUAUGAUUCUGAUAAUCCUUUUUAUCUUGUUCUCACAAUGAUCCAAUAGUCCCAAUUUUGGUUUUGUAAGAGAGGCAAAGCAAUGUGUGUCUCAGCAUCUUGACAGUUGAUACAACUUUCAGAGAAGGGAGGAAGAAAGAUGUUGCAGAGAGCAGCCAAAAAUGCAUAUUCCUGGUGGUGGGCUAGCCACAUUAGAACAAAACAGUCCAAAUGGCUGGACCAAAACAUACGAGAUAUGGAGGAGAAGGUAGAUUACAUACUGAAGAUCAUAGAUGGAGAUGGAGACUCGUUUGCGAGGAGGGCAGAAAUGUACUACAGGAAAAGGCUAGAACUCUUGAACUUUGUUGAAGAUACAUUCAGGAACUACAGAGCUCUAGCAGAGAGAUAUGAUCACUUGUCAAGAGAUCUGCAGACUGCUAACCGAACGAUUGCAACUGUGUUCCCGGAAAGAGUUCAGAUAUCGAUGUUUGAAGAGGAUGGAGAAGGCUUUAUGACAGGAGCUUCGGGUGCUCCUCCCGAGCAGUGGAGCAAUGAUAUGCCACCUGCGCCAAACUUAACCAUCCCGAAAAUCCUGUCAAUGAUGAAAAAGAAGAGCGAUAAGCCUUCAAAAGUGAUGACUAAGAAGGGAUUGCUCAAGUUCAAUGCAGAUGAUGAUGGUAAUGCCACUUCAGGCUCAGGGCUGAGCAAAGAUGAAGCUCUUCUGGAGAUUGAUAAGCUCCAGAAGCAGAUUUUGGCAGUUCAGACUGAGAGGGAGUUUGUGAAGAGUUCAUACGAACGCCAGAUAGGCAAGUACUGGGAAUUCGAAAAUCAGGUUUCAGAAAUGCAGGCUAAAGUUAACAGCUUACAAGACGAGUUUGGGAUUGGCACGAAUAUUGAAGACGAAGAAGCUAGAAGUUUGAUGACAUGCACAGCACUGAAGUCAUGCCGGGAGACAUUGGAGCGCUUACAAGAACAACAGGAGAAAUCAAAUGAGGCUGCCAAGGCUGAGAGCCAAAAGGUUCAUAAUGCUAAGCUAAAAUUCGAGUCUCUUGUGAAGGCACUCACUGCCAGCCAGACCAUCAGACAUAAAAUAUCUGUGGAUCUGAGUGAGGAAUCGAAGAAAUUGGAGCAAAAACUGGAAAGUUCUGUGCAAGGGAAGAAUGAUUUGGAGUCUUCAAAGAUUAAAAAGGACUCAGAAUCCUGUUUUUUUACUGUGUCUGAACUGGCAGAAAAUGUUGAUGAUACUGUGGAAAAGGUCAUAAGUCUGGAGAUUUCAGCGUCGUCUCAGAACGCUUACCUUAACAGAUUGAAGACGGAAGCAGAUGAGCUUCUUGUACAGCUAAAUCGGGCAGAAGAGGAAAAGGAGACUCUGGCUAAUGAUUCAGAGAACGCGAGUAAGAAGAUAAGAGAGCUCGAGGAAAAGCUUAAGAGAGUUAUGAAUCUUGAACAAACCAUUAAUGAGCAGAGCAGCCAUUUGCAGACUCAUUUUUCUGAAGCAACUUCCACACUUGAUGACCUCUCUGUGAAACUCCAAAACGUGCAGCCAGAUGAGGAGGCCGACGAUAGUUCUUUUUCCAGUUUUUCAGACGCUGAUUCACAGAGCCAUGGAAACGACAAGGUUGAGAAACAAUGUGAUUGGCACGAUACCAUUUCUCCCAAAACGGCAGACCAAAACAUUGAACUUUCUGAUAAAAGAGACACUGAUGCAUAUGAUAGUACUUCCAGAUCUCCAGAUGUAAAUUUAUCUGAUCUAUCGACAAAGGAUCCACCUAGUACCAUCAAUGACAGCGAAAAUGUUCUCAAUAGUCCUCCAAAAGGGCCUAAAUCACACGCACAUGUGACUUUUUCUGAUACCAUUUCUGCAGUUUUAGGAGGUGCAGAAACAGGAAUGAAGCAACAGCGAGAUGAUUUUCCAGAUCAAGGUACUUCUCUGGCUAAAAGAGAACAUGCUGAUAGCAUUUCAGACAUCCUGGGAGAUGAAAUGACUGAAGAGAAGUUGAAAAAGGGUGGUUAUCCAGAUCAAGAUUCUGCCACUGCUAAAAGAGAACAGACUGAUAGCAUUUCAGCCAUCGCGGGAGAUGAAGUGCCUCGGGAGAAGUUUAAAAAGGGCGGCGAUCAUCUGGAUCAAGAAAAUCUUCAGGAUCCAAGAACACGAAAAGAGGGCGAAGAACCUGAUACAGAAUAUGAUCCGCCGAAUUGGAGAGAGUUGUUUUUAAAUGGUUCAGACGAUGAGAGGGAGAAGGUCCUAUUAGAGGAGUACAGAACAGCCCUCAGAAAUUACAAAGAAGCGAAGAAGAAACAGAAUGAAGCAGAAAAGAAAAGGAGGGCUAGUCACUUCCAGUAUGUGAUUCAGAUAAAAGUCCUGAAGAGUUCUAUUGCCUCAAAGGAUGCAGAGAUUCAAUCUUUAAAGAAGAAGCUCAAUUCAGCUCAAGAAAACCAUUUUGAAACUCAGAAAUCCAAUGAAAAUAUUACUAGAUCCAGUUCACUGCCCACGGGUGGCAAGUCGCUGGAUGAAUAUAUGAAAAGUCUAAUGCAAUUAAUCGAUGUGCCAAAAAGCGAAGAUGCUCCUGUAAGAGAAGAAGCAAAAUCUUCCAGCAAAGAUGCUCCUGUAAGAGAAGAAGCAAAACCUUCCAGCGAAGAUGCUCCUGUAAGAGAAGAAGCAAAACCAUCCAGCGAAGAUGCUCCUGUAAGAGAAGAAGCAAAACCUUCCAGCGAAGAUGCACCUGUAAGAGAAGAAGCAAAACCUUCAGAAGAGACAUCUAUAUUCAACACAAAAGGUGAUGAUGAUGAAGUAGAUAUCAAGAUUGCCAAUCUCGACGAACCUCAGACCUUUUCAACAAUUCAAGAGAAGAUACGCAUGGAUAUUGAUGACCUGCUGGAAGAAAACAUCGAAUUUUGGCUCAGGUUUAGCACUUCUUUCCAUCAAGUGAAAAAGUUUCAGACAUCUGUGGAGGAUUUGCAAGCUGAACUGCAAAAAGCGAGGGAGAAAAACAAGCACGAGGGCAGUAUUAAACCUCCAUCACUAAUUUCAGACAUACGCCCUAUAUACAAGCACAUGAAAGAGAUACAGACCGAGUUAUUACUAUGGCUGGAACAUUCCUCAGCGCUGAAAGAAGACUUAAAGCACAGGCUGUCAUCACUUACCAACAUCCAGGACGAGGUAACAAGGUUGUCGUUGGCAGGGAUAAAUGACGAAGAAUUCCAGCUGAGCAACUAUCAAGCUGCAAAAUUCCAAGGUGAGAUUCUAAACAUGAAACAGGAGAACAACAAGGUUGCAAAUCAGUUGAGAACAGGAAGUGAACUUGUAGAGAAACUUCAAGCUGAUGUAAAGACGACACUAUCAAAACUGGAAAAAGAACUCGGGAUCAAGAGGGAAAGAGGCGCUGAUACUAAGAUCCCCGUGACAUCUUUCUUGUUUGGAAUGAAGUUGAAGAAGCAAAUGCCUACAAACAUAUUGUCUCGUGUAAGUGCUGCAUCAUUGCAGAAACGGGUCAUAGAGACACCAAAAUAGUUCUUUAUCAUUCUUUUCUUAUUAUUGUUUUCCCUUGUAGUUCUACCAGUAUAGACUACUAGUCCAUUCACUCCAUUCUAUGCAGUGUAAAAGUUAUCAGAACUCAAAAGGGUUCUCUCUAGCUUAAAUAUGAAUUCUCAGACUUCGCUUUUGAUUUUAAUUUCAGCAUCUGAAAUUCAUAAACAUCUAUAAAUUUCAUGCUUACUAUUUGC